AGUUUGUAUUGAGAGCAAUGGAGUUUUUAGUCUCAAGUCUAUUGUCAAAGACUGGAAAAAUCGACGUGGGCCGUGUUAUACCAAAUAAGGGCCCAUCAAGCCUCUGGAGAAGAAAAAAAAGAGAGGAGAGAUUUGCUGUUACCGGUUCCCUCGUAUUUCUAGAUCUGUUCUUUCAUUUUCUUCACCUUUUAAUUUUUUUUUUUCUAAGUAGGAUGAUAUAAAUUUAGCUCCGAAUAGACCGUGAUUUGAUAGAAACUUCUAGAGAUUUGAAUUCUUUUCAGAGAAAAUCGAACAUUGAAAGGUCGUCAAAAAAAGGAUGGGAAACGCAAGGAAAGUGGAAGACGACGACAACAACAACUCUUCAUCAUCAUCAUCAUCGCUGUUAAUAGCAGCAACCAUGUGCAUAAUCGGAUUGCAAGUUCAUGUUCACGUCAAGGAUGGUUCCGUCUUUUCUGGGAUUUUCUUCACCGCUUCCGUCGACAACGGCUUUGGCAUUGUUUUGAAGAAUGCAAGAAUUACUAAGAAGGGGACAAGUAAAUCCAAUGUAGCAAGCGGGACUGUGGUCGAUACACUUGUUAUUCUGUCUUCCAAUAUUGUUCAAAUUGUUGCGGAAGGAGUCUCGCUUCCAUCGAAUGUUAGAACAUGCAAUAAUGAGGUCGGAUCAGCCACAGAAACAUUACCUUCUGAGCCUCGUUUAUGUGCUGCAAAUGUUUCCACUCAAGGAAGGGGAUAUAAUCAUAAGAGGCAGGCUGGAGCCAAGAUUUUGAAGCCUAGUGUACAAAUUCCAGACAUUCAUCAAGAGGAUAAUAUUGAUAUCCAAAGCUCAAGUUCUAGCUUGGAUAGCAUAUCCGAACGAGUUAAACCCAUAGAAGAAGAUAACUUGAUGCCGGAACCUUUUAGUAAUGGUUUUCACGAUGCUUCUGAAAGGCCCUCUUCAACUGACAAUUCAUCAUCACAAAGUACAACUUUUGAUGACACCUCGGAAUUGUGUCGGGGUAGAAUGGCAUCUUCAACUGCAUCAGUACCUAUCCAGGCCGUCAAAAAGGCUAAGGAGUUCAAGCUGAAUCCAGAGGCAAAGAUUUUUUCUCCGUCUUAUACAAAAAGGCUUUCACCGUCUCCAGUUGCUGUGCCUGAUGUUGGAAAUAUUGCUUAUAUACCAAGCAACACUCCCAUGCUACCAGUUCCUGAAGCUAUUUACCCAGGAGUUGGAAACAAUGCUUAUGUGCCGCAAGCACCUCCACCUUCUAAGUUUGUACCAUAUGGUAAUUUGACUGCUGGACAUGCUGUCAGCGGAUUUCAAUUUCCUCAACACAUGAUUGGACCUACCGUUAACAGGGCACAGCCUCAGAGAUUCACCUCUCAGUACCAUUCUGUUCAAACUGCACCGAUGCUUGUAAAUCCAAGUCCUCAGGUUAUAUUUCAUGGAGGUGAUGGUUGCAAGAUCGGGGCAGCUUGUAUAUGUCCAAUCAGUUUCUCAGGAUCUGGUUCAAGGAACACCGCCUCUCUCACCUAUGCUCUCUCGUCCUCUACCUACUGCACAACAUGUCCAAUACCUGAAGCAUCACGGUGUAGUAGCAGCUGGCCAGCUGCUACCGCUAUGUGUCUCCCAACCGUUCACGACUGGUGGACCGCAACCUUAUGGCAUUCCCACCCAAUUCCCGGUUAUGGAGCAGCCUCCUUUUCCCACAAAUCAGCCAAUGACAUUUGCAGUUGCUAAUGGUUUCUACACAAAGUUUCCAUAAACAAAGUCUCAUUGUUUUUGGUUUAAAUACCUUUAUUCUUUACCUCUCCAACCUAAUAAGGGUUAAGAAGGUCCUAGUUUUUUCCUAUUUUUGGGUUUUGUAUUAUUUUGUUUUGGGUGUUUUGCUCUGUUUUGGCUUAUUAUAUUGGGGGGGUUUUCAUUGGUCUAUCGAUUUGAAUUGGGUAAAAACAGUUGUGGAAUGUGAAAACAAUAUGAUUCUUUGGAAAAGUAUAGCAGAUCACAUAUUGGUGAUCUCAAUAAAUUGCACUGGAAGAGAAA